GAGAUUGCGGUUCCAUCCAGAGGCAUGUUUUAGAAUUAUAGAUGCUAAAGGCUAACUGUCAUAUUUAGUCGAAAUGGGACGAUAUCAACAAGUAUAGAAACGUUUGUCUGGAUGUUUGGAAUAGGAGCAGUGAACAGGUUACCGUAAGAGAAUGUGGAUUCCACGGUUCCUCGUUUGUCUGUUGGUUGUGCACAGUAUCGGAAAGGUCAGUGGUCAAGAACAACCACUAUUUCUUGGAACACCGAUAUCUGGCAGUCGGGCUUUACUUGCCUUGGCGUAUGGAUACGUAUCUAAUUACGCCUUGGUGGGCACGACGUCUGAUGAAAAUACUGAAAGUUGCCCCGAGGGAUGGUUCAAACGUCUAAACCGAUGCUAUUUUUUUAGUGACACGCCAACAACUUGGUACGGUGCUGAGGCACAAUGUAGAAUAAUGGGGGGCUAUCUGGCCAUACCUGAUACCGAGGCAGAAAAUACAGCUCUGACGACAUUGGCCCAAUCUGAGCGAACCAGACUCACCACAGCACUGCCAAAUACACCAGAGUUUGACAGGUGGAUUGGGUUGAGAUCUGUUGAUGGUACGUCUGUCCAAAAGAUCAUCACUAAUGACGACCCGACAUUCACCAGCUACAUCAGUCCUGAACCACAGAAGUUGGAUACACAAAUGUGCAUUAAAAUGGACGACGAUAACAACUUUACUUGGAUAUCACAACAAUGUUUCAUAGCUUACCUCUAUAUAUGUGAGCGGCCACUACAAGUUCCGUUUGCAUAUAACAUCUAGGAAGAAAAGAACAUUUUCAAUGGCUGUUUCUUUAACAUCGCUGUGGAAAUUUCUUGUGAGCUUUCAGAACAUGAAUAAAAUAAAGCAGACCAUCAUU